GAAAAUCAAGAACUCUAAUCUUUUUCAGUGUGAAACAUUCUUAUUUUAUGAGAUCAAAACAUCUCUACAACUCCUCAAAUCCAUACAAAAGUAGGUUAAGGAUGACAAGUGUCGGCUAAUUAUAUCCAUUAGCAAAAUCUCUCAAAAAAAUAAAAAAACACUCUCACACACACACACACUCCCACUUUCAUGCAACAACGUGGAACCUCACUUCACCAACCAACAUUUUUUGAGCUCUUAUGCUCACUCCCUCAACUCAUUCAUGCACUACAACAAUUCUCCAACACUCCCCUCUUUCCUAUAAAACCAUAGCCAUGCCCUCCUUUCAAGCUACAGAAAGCACGAUUUCCGAGAAACUCAGACAUGAUCAAAGAGGACAAGAACGAGGGGGCCAGGCCGAGGUACGUAGGCGUGAGGAGACGGAAAUGGGGGAGGUGGGUGUCGGAGAUUCGCGAGCCUGGGAAAAAGACUCGUAUUUGGUUGGGGAGUUUCGACACGCCUGAGAUGGCGGCCGUGGCCUAUGACGUCUCCGCGUGGUACCUGAGAGGGGCGGAUGCACGCAUCAACUUCCCGGAGCUGGUGGAGAGCCUUCCAAAGCCUGCCAGUGCUGAAGCAGACGACAUCCGCCAAGCGGCUCAGCUGGCCGCCAUGCAGCUGGGUGGUGUCGAGCAGUUGGGGGAUGCUGAUGGCGGUUCUGGUGGGGGUGCUGUCCCGGCUAGGGUGAAGCUGUCGCCUAGCGACAUUCAAGCCAUCAAUGAGGCGCCACUCGACUCGCCUAAAAUGUGGAUGGAGCUGGGAGGCCCGUCGGGCGUCGGAGAAUCUGUCAGUUAUGGGGAGUUUGAGAUGGAGGAAUGGGAUGAAACAGAAACUUAUUCCAUUUGGGACUGAUAUGGUAUAAUACUAUAUACACAUAUAUAAUUUAAUAUAUAUAUGAGCAUUUUUUUAGAUAGAGAUUGGUAUUUUAGAUAUAAACCAUGCAUCUGCAUAAGAGAAUUCAUGUUGACUAGAAUGUGAGAUCAGGAUCUUACAUUAUUUGUUUCAAGGGCCACUUUUUAGGCCACAUUUCUAACAAGAAUUUAUUGUAUUACUAUCUUUAUAGGAGAUUCAGAUGAAGCUAAUAUAUUUCUGUUGCUCAA